AUGCUACGUGGGCAGCACAUCACAUAUGCUGGUGCUCUGACCCAAGCCAGGAUGCAAACACCGUGGACACUGCGUAUGCGUGCUACCGUCGGAUUCGCCAGCAGCGCGGACUGGCGGGAGACGUCGACGACUUCACGGCGCACCAAGAUUCAGCACACUCAGAAGGGAUCCGCAGGUGGUCCUCGUUAUCACGCCGCCUUCAGACACGCAUCCGCGCCCCCCGAGCACAAAUGCCCAGCUCUUGCGCACAAUCGCAGCGCGAUUCGGGCUCUGGACACUGUGAGUGUGGAAAUGGGCGAGCUCGUUGCAGAGCUCUCUUCGGCCCGCGGGCUUCGUAGCCCCACAGCGGACACUAUCUGGGUGCGCGAGCCGACGGGAUCGAGAUGGCUCACUAUCCCCCGUCAUUCUGCGAAACGUGGGGGGUACUACCAGGAUCCCCGUUCGCAUAUCCACGUGUGCUUCACACCGAGUUGUUCGCAGGACUUUCCCGCCGUCAUCUACGAUCUACGAGUACUGCACAGAGACGGUCCAGAGAUCGAAUACAUCCGCCGGGGGAACCGGGCGGCUGUUCGCGAUGCCAACAACACUAUCAUCGACCAAACGCAAUUCACCAGUGUCCUCAAACCAGAGAUGCGCUUCGACAUCGGCGUGAUUGGCGAUGGGGGUAAUUCUGUGGAUGGCUGCUCCAAUGUCGAAUGCGCGAAUUUAUUUCGCAUCGUCUUCCAACCCCCACCAAAAUACCCAACGUGA